UUUAAAACGAUUCAGAAAUACGAAUCAGAACGAGUGAGUCACUCAUCACUACCGAAUCAAAAUAUUGACAUCGGCAGUGAUGUAGCAUGAUCGUAAAACAUCAAUUUAAUCUCCUAAAUUGUUGCGCCUGGAUUUAUCCAGCCAGGAGUCUGCUAUUGCUAUGGAUCAGCCUGAGCACCUCAGUCCAUCUAUGAUGGCUGUGUCUGAAUUCAUGGUGCAAAGAAAACUUCUCGGAUUUGGCAUAUUCAUGGCUUGGGUUGUCCUUUUCCAUUUACUGAUCAAUGUUUGGCUCCUCUGUGUGCUCACCAGCCUGUUAGUAGUUAUAGGUGGGUGGCUUGGCUCCCAGGCUCUCCUCGAGUCUGAAAGUGUCAUCCACCUUGAGCGUUUCAUCAAACUGGAUGAAAUGCCGGCUUCAGAAGACAGCGAGAUGCAUCUAGAUGACGAGAUCCAGAACAUGGUUUGUAAGAUCAUCCGGGACUUUGUCUCUUCAUGGUAUAACACCAUUUCUACAGAGCGUGAGUUUGAGAAUGAGAUCCACAAUGCUAUGAUCUCGAUGGCAAUGGAGCUUAAGCUUCGGGCAAAGAAAGUGGACCGAAAGGCUUUAACGCUGAAGAUAUUGGACCUUUGUGGAUGCCAUCUUCAGUGCUACACAAAAGCUAAGGAAAUCAUGGAUGGAAAAGCAGACCAGGACCAAAGUGUGAGUGCUAAUGAGAGUCUAUGGCAGGCAUAUAGCAUGUCUUGUGUGCCUCACCCAGCUCUUCAAAGUUCUGCCAUAGAAGUGAAUUAUGCACGUGCAAUUGUGGAUUCACUUUUACAUGUUCUUGUUCCUCCACCACAUCUUGAAACCAGAACAGGGAGAUUUGUAGUCUGUGAACUUAUAACAUGCAAUGUUCUUUUACCUUUAAUUGCAAAACUGUCUGAUCCAGACUGGUUAAACAUGUUGAUUGUGAAUGUGUUUACGAGGUCCAAACCAAUCGAGCCAGAGAAAACGACAUCUCCUCCAACAACGCUUUUAAAUGAAGUGAAUUCACAGGAUGUUGAGGUUCCAUCUUCCUUAACGUUGAAGGUCAAGUCUGACUCUCCCAGUACGACCAAUGCACCAACACCUGAAUUAACAAAUCUGGAUGUUCUUGACUCUGCAGAUCUCGACUGUUUACAGAACAAAGAAGAUGAAGGACCAAUACAGUUGUUUUCUUCAGAGCACCCAGGUUUCAUUUCAAAGGAUUAUAUGCAACUUGGGAAAUCUAAUCCCUUUUAUCAAGAAACAGACUCCGAUUUGGAGUCUCCUCUAAAUGACUUCAAAAGGAGUUCCCUGGAAUCGCUGGUCCUGAUAGGCACAGAAGAAGAAACAUCAGAGUCAGUUACAGAAUAUCCCACUCUUGCAGAUGGAAUAAUGUACCCCAAGGAUGAGUUCCAAUUCUGUUCUAAUGCACCAAAGGUUGUGGUCUCAGAGAUCCAAGAACAAUCCUCUGAUACCGUUGAUGGGAUAGAUGAACUGUCUUCAAGCUUUUGUGCUGUUCAAGAACUUGAGAUGGGUAACAUGAAAGCAGAAAUUCCUGGCAUGGAGAAAUCAGGGGUGAUGAACAUCACCGGGCUGACUCUGUCAGAACCUCUACAAGCCUCCUCACCUUCAGCCAGAACCAUGCCACUCACUCCAUUCACAUUUGAACCCCUCAGUAGUCCUGAAGGCCCUGUCAUUAUUCAGAACCUUCGUAUCACCGGCACCAUCACAGCUAAGGAACACAGAGGCACAGGCUCUCAUCCAUACACACUCUACACUGUUAAGUAUGAAACAGCUGUAGACACUGAGAAUCCAGGCACGUUGCAGCCAGUGGCUUAUCACAUGGUCAAUCGACGCUAUAGUGAGUUCCUGAACCUGCAGACCCGGUUAGAGGAGAAACCCGAAUUACGCAAAAUUAUCAAACAUGUUAAAGGACCUAAAAAAAUCUUUCCUGACCUCCCUUUUGGAAACAUGGACAGUGACAGAGUGGAGGCCAGAAAAAGUUUACUGGAAACAUUCCUUAAGCAACUUUGUGCAAUACCUGAAACAGCCAACAGUGAAGAAAUGCAAGAGUUUCUUGCCCUUAACACCGACGCUAGGAUUGCUUUUGUGAAGAAGCCGUUCAUCGUCUCCCGAAUAGACAAGAUUGUGGUGAACGCCAUAGUGGAUACUCUAAAGACGGCCUUCCCUCGCUCAGAGCCACAAAGCCCUACAGAUGAAAUGGAUGCAGAGAUUGAUGGGAAAUUAUCGUCAGAUAGGAAGAGCAAGUCAAGGAUGCGAUUCGCCAGUAAAAUUGCACCUGCUCUUAAUGUGUCUGACAUGAAACCCAAAGUGCUUUACUGCUUUGAUGAGAGCAGCACUGUGUUCAAUGGCCUCACCAUGAACAGUCUAGAGAGCUUCAUCUUGGAGCGGGAGCGUUUUGUGAGUAAAGCACCACCGAGAGAUGCGGACGGAGAGCGGGAUGUCUGCCUUUCUGCCAAGGGGGAUACGGAGCCCUGCACAUGUUCAAAAAGAAAGUUAUAUAACGUCGAUCCAAAUCACAGGGAAACCGAACUUGCUGACAUGGCACUAAAUGUCUUGAGUCUCUUGAUGAAGGACCAAUGGAGCUGGAUGUGCACCGAAAAUAUCCAGAGAAGCAUCAGAUUGCUAUUUGGGACUCUCAUUGAGCGGUGGCUGGAGGUUGGAGUGGCUAAUCUGACAUGUAUGCAGUACUGGGUGACUUAUUUGCGGGUGCUGCAGCAUGCUGUGUGGCCUGGAGGAAAUCUGCCUGUUCGUCCUCGCCCUCAGCGAACCCAGCAGCAAAAAGAUGACACCAAACAGCAGUCGCUGCAGUGUUUGAUGAAUUUGCUUCCAGAUCUCGUUUCAGAUAUACUCGGCUCAGAGAAAUACAAGCAUUCAUGGCAGGUCGUUCUCGACUCUCUCCAAGAUUCUACCAUAAACAGGCACCUGGUUUACUGUGUGUGGGAUGUGCUAUUGGAGUUCCUAAUCCCAGAGCUGUCUGAUGACGACUUUCAAAAGAUGCUGCUCCAGAGCCUUUCAAAAAACGCAGAGAAACUUCCAUCAUAGGAACUCUAUGAAACUUGACGCACAUGUGUUUCAACAGCCACCUACUAAGAAUGAGCCUGGUCAGUCAUGGAAGUGAGUGAGGCAAAAUGGAAUAUAUGCAGGGCUUUGGUCUGACUCUAAUUUAGCCCUUACGUGUCUGGGUCUCGCACACAAUAUGUGCAUCUGGUCUAGCUUUGAUUACUGGCCACCUGUUUUGCAUUUUAGCCGGCCUUGACUGAUCUCCAAAACACCCCUGGACCAGAUCUGAAUUAGUGGAGAGCUCUCUUCUCAAGCUCUUAUCCACCUUCUUCCGGUUCAAACCCGGGGCAAACCUUUUACAGAUGGACUCGUAUUAAACUUCAGAACAUCGGGACAGAUUAAACUUAACUCGGCCCUCCUUUAUAGUCUAUGUUUUAAAGUCACUUUAAGUUUAUUUGUUGCUUUUUUUUUUUUUCUUCUCUUGCUCCAUGCCAUGGGCACUGCACUAUGACACAUUUGUCUCUCAUUUGCUUAAGAUUCCAACCUCCAACUUCCUGUUGAAUCUUCCUCCAAUUUAUUUAGGUUGUAGGGUUUUUCCAUGUGAGCUGGCACGAGUUUUAGCAUCGUGUUGAAACUGUACAUGCUUCAGGAAAGCUUUUACAAUUUAUUCUCGUCUGUUUACAGAGUUGGACUUGGUAAAUUACUACCUGUUUUAUGUUUGGCCUUAAAGAAAGGGUUAUUCAGAAUAUAACUCAGAAUAAUGUAGAAUGCCGAGGGGUUUUCUUUCCAUUCCAAUUUCUUAUUCUAAAUAUUGUUGGAUGUUUUAAGUCCCACAUGUUGGUACUAAUGCGCUUGCUAACUGAAGUAUUUUCCUAACUCUUGUGCACUUUGAUAAAAUCCACAAAGAAUAUUAGACCGAUGUUUAAAAAGCAAAAGAAAUGUUUUUUCUGCCUUAAUAUGUUCGUAAACCUGUUUUGUCUGUAAAGCAGUUUAAAGAGUUUGAAAGGAAUGGAUUAGAAGCCAUGGAAAAAAGUCAUUAAUUAAUUGUGUAACUUGGUAUAAUCUCUCAUGAAAUGAUUUCCUUCAUCAUGUCGUCUUCUGCAUUAUGUCCCCCUUCCCCUUCCUGCCCCAGUAUAAUGAUCCAUGUGAUUCUUGUGAAUUGUUUACUAUCAUGAUCCAGGAAAACAAUGCUACCUACUGUUAUGUGAAAUGUAUAAUGUAUGCUUUAAUUAUUGCACUACUUCUAAUUGUAUCAGUGGAGAAAUGAUGUAAGCUGUAAUUAUAAUAAACAUGCAAGAAAAACUGA